AUGACUGCUUAUAUGUGGCAUGACUUGUUGAAGAAGCCUAAAGGUAUUGAGUUUCCUUUCUCUUCUACUAUUUAUUAUCGCGAUUAUGAGAUGCUUAGUAUAGAGAGAUCAAAAGCAGUAAUACCUGUUGAAAAUAUUGAGGCAGAUAAGAAUCGAGUUGGACAAAGCUUUGUUCUUUUCAACCAUAUUGUUUUGAUAAAAAGCUUUAAUGAGAUUGAAGGAAAGUAUAGUAAUUAUAUCACUAGUUUAACUGGGAAAAAACUUGUACCGGAAGAUUUGUUAGAAAUUGCUUAUGGGUUGGAAAGUAGCAAGGUGAAUUUCAUAUGGCCUUUAAGGUUCGCGAAAGAGGAGGUUGAAAUUGAAGAGGCAUUACCUAAAGGUUUUGUCAAUAGGGUAGGGGAUAGAGGAAGGGUUUUCAAAGGAUGGGCCCCACAAGCAAAAAUCUUGGAGCAUUCGAGUAUUGGUGGCUUUGUGAGUCAUUGUGGAUGUAGUUCAGUAAUGGAAAGCAUGAAAUACGGGGUUCCAAUCAUUGCCAUGCCCAUGCAUCUUGAUCAACCAAUGAAUUCUAGGCUUAUUGUUGAAGAGGUGGGCAUGGCUGUGGAAGUUGUGAGGGACGGGGAGGGAAAGCUUCAUUGGAAGGAAGUCGCGGAUGUGAUCAACCACGUGGUGGUGGAGGAGGGUGGUGAACUCGUAAGGGAAAAGGCGAAUCAUAUGAAGGAAAUUAUUCGUUCCAAAGGAGAUGAAGAGAUUGAUCAAGUUGCUAAGGAAUUGGAAAUGCUCCUUAAUUCUUAG